GUGGCGUGAGCGGGAGUGAGCGCGGUGCAUAGUGGGAAAGGUUUUGCGGCCGGGAUUUUGUCAAGUGAAUACAACACUCAUGGCUUAUGGCUGUAGAUCUUGCUUAUUGGGGUCGCUGCGAGUAGCUGCUGGGUGGCGCCGUUCCUACGUCAAGUUGGCCUCUUCGUCGUAUGCGCAAGGGGGAAGGGAAAUUGAAGCUGAUGAAGAUGAAGAUUUCCCUGUCAGCUCCGGAAUCAGCAGACCCCUCUCUGAAAUCCUCAAGCAAAUCAAUAAGAAAGUCCCUGAUACCCUCGUUAAAUCCCGCCAUGAAAAUGGGUUUACAUCCAAAUACAUCCCCUGGUAUCAUUCCAUUCGAAAUCCUUUUUGUUUGUCUUUUCAUUUUUUUUCAAAACAAGUUCUCCGCUUCAGUGAUUGUGGUGUUGUAUUUAUAUUACAGGCACAUAGUUAAUCGAAUCAUGAAUUUGCAUGCUCCAGAAUGGUCUGGUGAGGUCCGAAGCAUCACAUACUCUGCUGAUGCCAAGUCGGUUUCUGUUGUUUAUCGUGUCACGCUCUACGGAACUGAUGCUGAGAUAUUUAGGGAGUCUAUUGGCACUGCUUCAGUAGAUGACACAAGUUAUGGGGAUCCAGUACAGAAGGCUGAAGCAAUGGCAUUUCGUCGAGCUUGCGCGCGCUUUGGGCUUGGUCUUCAUCUUUACCAUGAAGAUUUAUCUUAGUGGGGUAUAAUGCUUGUGCUUUGAAGUUUAUGGCUUCUUUGCAGUUUUGGUAAAUGGAUGAUGCUUGUGGCUUAUCAUGUUUUGUUGAACUGAUCAAUGCAACCUAGUACCUUGAUAUGGAACUCUGGUGUUGUAUGCAACUGUCAUUUAAGCCUCAAUCCAUGUAAGUAAGCUAUCUUGUCGGGUAAUUUGCGGUGAUAUAGUAGUAUUU